GGUGGUGGUGGCAAUGGCUCAUAGUCAUCGGUUUGAGCAACAGUGCUAACACAGCUAUGACCAUCACAAGAAAGAAGGAGAAGAAGAAGAAGAGCCAACAUCAAUCUCGACAUGAUCUAUGGAGAGAAAUCUUCCAUGUUCGUGCAUUUCUUGGUCCCCGGCCAUUGCGUAGCUUGACCGGAAAUUUUCCAGCUUGAAUCUCUUAUGCUUGCUCCGCGAUCCAAGCCUUGAACGAUUCCUUCCACUCCAAUGACUGUUGUCGCGGCAGCUGGAAACGAGAGACUUACACUCGAGUGUGACGCCUGGAUCAAGUCUUGCCGCAGCUUGGCCAAUCUCCAAGCGAUCCACAAGCGGAUCAUCCUCCGCCACGGCGGCCUCUUCCUCGAUCGCAACACCGGCCUCUCAAAUCUCCUGCUCCAGCGCUAUGCCCGCUGCGGCAGCCUGGAUCACGCGGAGCAAAUCUUCGCCGCCAUCCGGGACAAAGACGUCAUCUCCUGGAACGCCAUGCUCUCGGCAUAUGCCCGGACGGGGCAUCACACCGCCCAAGCGAAGCUCCUCUUCGACUCCAUCCCCGACCGCGAUCGCGUCUCCUGGAACGCAAUGCUGGGCGCCUACGUCCACGCCGGAAACCUCCAGGAAUGCAAAGACAUCUUCGAUAGAUUUCCGGAACGAGACAUAGUUUCAUGGAACUCUCUCCUUGCGGCAUAUGCCCAAAAAGGGCAAAUGGAAAAAGCCCAAGUUGUGUUUGAUCAGAUGCCCGAGAGAGGCCUGAUCACUUGGAACACAAUGCUGGCAGCAAACUCCAGAAACAACCAUGUCGCGCAAGCCAAGAAACUCUUCGAUGCAAUGCCGGAGAGAGACUAUAUCUCCUGGAACACGAUGAUGAACGCAUAUACCCAAGCAGGGCAUAGUCGCGAGGCCAAAGAGCUCUUCGACCAAAUGCCAGCGCGGGAUAUAGUUUCAUGGAACGGGCUUCUCAUCAUGUACGGGACGAGUGGCAAGACCGACCUGGCCAGAAGCGUGUUCGACGCUAUGCCAUACAGAGAUCUCGUCUGCUGGAACGUCAUGGUCUCUGUGUAUGCCCAGUCCGGGCAUCUGGAUCCGGCCAGGGAGCUGUUUGAUCGCGCGCCGGAGCGAGACAUCGUGGUGUGGAAUGCGAUGCUAUCGGCAUACGCAAAAGCAGCGGCAGCGGCAUACAAUCGCAAGCGCCAGAGAGACGUCACACUCAGCAAAAUGGUAGUCGACAUCAAGCCUGUGGGAGCUGAUGGCUCCGAAGUCCAUCCCACCACCUUUGCCUCCAAAGAAGAAGAUAGUGAAAUCGAGGACGAGGAGGAGGAGGAGCGGCGGCGGUGCCACCGGGAUUUGGAGGCGGCGCGGGAGCUCUUCGAUGCAAUGCCGGACCGAAAUGUGAUCUCCUGGACGACGAUGCUGACGCUGUACGCCCAGAGCGGGCAUGUCGGUGAGGCCAAGCGUAUCUUCGAUCACGCGUUGAUGCCCGAGAGGGACGUAGUUUGCUGGAACGCUCUCUUGGCUGCCUACACGCAGGCCGGGAACACCCCGGCCGCCACCCGGAUCUUCGCGCUCAUGCCUUCGCGCAACCUUGAGUCCACCAACGUCAUGCUCGCGAUGCUGUUCCACAGCUCAAACUCGCGAUCCAUUGCUCGCGGGCGGCGGAUCUUCGCGCGCUCUAUCCGCGAUGGGAUCGCUCCCGACGAGGUGAGCUUCGUCCAUAUGCUCUUUGCUUGCAGCCACUCGGGCGGAUUGAGCGCGGGGCUGCGCUACUUCCGAUCCAUGGCGAUGGAUUUCGCGCUGCGCGGGACGAAGCAGCAGUAUAGCAUCAUGAUCGAUAUCAUUGCCCGCGCUGGGCAUCUGGAGGAUGCGCGCGAGCUCAUCACAAACAUGCCGUUCUUGCCCGAUUCUCGCGACUGGACGAGCUUGCUGGAUGCUUGCCGGAGUGGGAGUGGCAAGAGCGCCAUGAAAGAGCGCGUGAUCGACGUUGCCAGGCACGCGAUUCGAUCGGAUCCACGGGACUCGGCACUCUACGUUUUGAGCACAAACAAUCUCUCCAUCGCCCUGUCGAUCCCUCCGCCUCUCUUCACCAGCUGGACUGCGGACUCCAGCGAUCCCUCGUCCGUGAACUCGGAGUCGAUCAGCUUCCUCAGCUCCGGCUCCUUGUCCAGGGCAAACAGUGCCGGGGCUGUCAAGUUCCCCUUCGCUAGAUCGCUUCCGGCGGGCUUCCCGAGCUGUGCCGUCGACUGCGUGAAGUCGAGGAUGUCGUCCACGAUCUGGAACGCCAAGCCCAGUAUGUCAAUGUCAAAGAUUCGAUUUCUCACCUCGUCGGACGUCGCUCUCGUCCAGGACAUCGUCGUGAAUGAGGCUAGCUCAUCUCCAGCUAUCUACCGGAAGCUCAAAUUAACACUGGGAAGAGCAAAGAAAGAAAGAAAAAGAAAAGAGCGUAAAGAAUUUUCACCUGGUAUUGGAGAGGAGGUGUUCACGCUCAAGCUCGUGGGACUCCCGCUAUCAGCCGUGAAAGAAAUCGUGGCUCCUUCGGCGACUACUCUUCUCCUGCUCCAGCAUUUGAAAGCGCAAUAUGGCGCCAUUGCUCCACCUCACAGAAAAUAUUUAAGGGCUUUAUCCUCGCGAGGAACACAUGGGCCAUAUGGCCGAAACCUUGCCGCCAUUGCGCUUAUGGACUGUACGUGGCCACGCUCGCAAGCUCUAGAAUCGUGCCACGUGUGUGACAGGAUCAUUCCCUCCAUUGUCCCUUCCUUAGACGCCUCCACGAAGAAGAAAACUAUCGAUGGUGAUCGUGAGAGAGUUUCUUGCGAUGACUCAAUGAUCGCGACGGCGGCCAGCGCCAAGCAAGACGAGAUCAAAUUCUUCGCCCGGCUGCUCAAAUCCUGCGGCGAAUCCAGGAACCUCGCCGAGGGCAAAUUCGCGCACUCGCAGAUCUCGCGCAGCGAUCACGCCAAGAAUCUCUUCCUCCGCAAUCUCCUCAUCGAGAUGUAUGGGAAGUGUGGCAGCGUCGCGCUCGCGCGGGAGGUGUUCGAUUCCCUCGAGUCCCCCAACAAAUUCUCCUGGAACAUCAUGCUCGCGGCAUAUGCCCACAACGGGGAUUUGCGCGAGGCGAGGAAGAUCUUCGAGCAAAACCCACUGCCGGAUCCAGUGGCCUCCGCGGCGAUGAUCCGCGCGUACGCGCUGGCAGACGAUCUCGAGCAAGCACGCGCGAUCCUCCUCCAAAUGCCGGAUCUCAACGUAGUGUGCUGCACGAUCCUCAUACACGCAUAUGCCCAGCGCGGGCAUCACGCCUCCGCGCAAGAACUCUUCUCCCAGAUGCCCGAUCGCGAUGUCACGGUGUGUAACGCGAUGAUGAAAUCACUCGCGGAGGACGAUCGGUUGCCGCUAGCGCGCCGGCUGUUCAAUCAAAUGCCCGAAACAGAUGUGGCGUCCUGGAACACGAUGAUCCAAGCAAAUGCCCUUCACGGGCAUCUUGGAGAGUCGCGGCGGCUCUUCCGUGCGAUGCCGCAGAGGAACAUCAUCUCCUGGACGGCGAUGCUAGCGGCGGAGGAGAGCGAUCUCGCCGCCGCCAAGAUCACAUUCGCGGGGAUGCCCGAGUGGAAUGUCGUCUCCUGGACGGUGAUGAUCACGGCGCUGGCACAGGCCGGGCUAGCGCGCGAGGCAGCAGUGCUAUUCGCCCAGCUCCCGGAGCAAAACAUCGUCUCCAUCACCGCCAUGAUCUCGGGGCUCGGUGCCGCGGGAUCGAUUGACGAGGCGCGCAGCCUCUUCGAUCAAAUGCCCGCCCGGAACCAAGUCUCUUGGAGCGCGAUGAUCCAAGCCUACGCGCAGAACGGCUACAUCGACGACGCGCGAUCGAUUCUAGACGCGAUGCCGGCGAUGGAUUCCGUGGCCUGGAACACGAUGAUCGCGGCGUAUGCCCAAGAUGGGCAAAUCGAGGAAGCGCUCGCGAUGCUCAACCAGGUCCCCUGCGCGAGCCCACUGCCCUACACGGUGCUGAUAUCCGCGAUGGCGCAAGAAGGAGCUCUAAUCCCCGCCACGAAGCUCUUCUCGCGGAUCCCCAACCACGACACGGUCUCGUGGACGGCGAUGGUGGCGGCGAAUGCCCAGAACGGGCACGGCAGGGCGGCGCUAGGGUUCUUCCGGGCGAUGGAUCUCGAGGGCGUGGCGGCGGACGAGAUCACGAUCCUGAGCGUGCUGAGCGCUUGCGGGCACGAGGGAUUGCUGGCCGAGGGCUGGAGCUACUUCGUCCUCCUGGGCGACGAUCGGGGGAUGGCCGCGAGCGUGGAGCACUUCUACUGCAUGGUGGAUGUGAUCGGGCGCGCGGGGCGGCUCCAGGAGGCCGAGGAUCUGAUCGCGAGCAUGCCAUUCGUGCCCAAUGUGGUGCCGUGGACGAGCUUGCUCGCGGCGUGCCGGACGCACGGCGAUGCGCACAGGGGGGCGCGCGCCGCGGAUCGUGUUCUUGAGUCGCGAUUUGGGGCGAUCGAUGUGCCCUACGCGCUGAUUUGCAACGCCUACCUCGGCGCUGGGAGGAUCCAGGACGCCGAGAUGGUGCGCCGGAUGAUGAGGGAGCAGCAAUUGGGGCUGGGCGCGCGGAGGAGGAGAAGAGUCGCUCUCCCGCAAAGUACGGAUAGCUUUGCCCUAGACAUUUAGCGCCAAGAGACAUUUAAAAACCACACAAGAAACAGAGUAACAUUAUUCU